UAUCAUGUAUCUGAACUGCAGGUGAAAGCUUUAUUAAAUGAAAGACCUCAGUUGUGUGCGCAUGUUAAGCAAUUGUCAAUAACCUCAAAAAAAUCACUCUUGAACGAGAUUUGAGCCCAUGACCCAUGACAUAUAGUAAAGAAAUUAGUUUUUCUUAAAUUUAUUUGCAGAAGAAGCCCGUGGGAUAUGCCGUUUUCCAUGGCAAGUAACAGGUCGGAUUAGAGUUGGAGGUUCUUCUGGUACAAUAUUCACUCCCGACUAUCCUGUCCCAUACCAGGAUUACACAACCUGUGGUUGGUUGAUUUACACUCCUGAUGGAAAAAGAGUGAAAUUAACGUUUACUGAUUUUGAACUUGGCAAAAUCGUUGUUGAUGCAAAGGACAAUUUCUGUAAUCGUAAAUCUGACAUGGACCAUGUUGAAAUUUCCGAGGGCAACUGGUUUGGAAAUAAACCUCGAGGUAGUUACUGUGGAAAAAAGAGGCCCUUUGAUGUUUAUUCCUCUGGACGUCUCAUGUGGGUUAAUUUCCGUGCCAGCCGGGAUGGUGUGCAAGCAAACAAAGGUUUUAAAGCGCAUUUUGAAGCCGUUGAUCUGCUUUACGAUGAGGAGCAUUGUCUACCAGGAAACGCCAACAAUCUGAAUCUGAAGUUAACUGGUUCGUAUGGAACUCUACAAAACCCUGAGUACUACCCCCCGCAACUGUACUGUGAAUGGCUCAUCACUGUACCAAAGGGGAACAUUGUAGAGCUCAGCUUUGAAAGACUUGACUUGGAUUUUCAAACAAGUGAGUUUGCAAGUUCAUGUGGGGAUUACGUGCAUAUUCAUGAUGGGAACUACUGGGAAAGUGAUACCAUGGGUACUUUCUGUGGUAAUGUAAUUCCAAAGCCACUGAAGUCAAUCGGUCGGUAUAUGUACAUUAGUUUCCACGCUGACGUUUUGUACGAUACACCACGCCGGGGAUACAAGGCCACAUUCAAAGCUGUGACGAAGCAAUUCUGUAAGUUGGCUAUGUUAAAAGUUAGGUAAUAUAUUAAGCAAUUAGAUUAUGAGCUCGAGAUUUCUGUCGCGUGAUAGUUGAAAUCAAGAGAGCGAAUAAUCUCAUUGUUUUAGUGUAAAUCUACUAGUCUUCAAAACAACAUCUACAUCCUCUACACAGGCAUUUCGAAAAUACCAAGAAACGGCUGUCACUUUGUUACAAGCGCACUGCUACACUCCGCACUAUCUAUCACAGAAUAGAUAGUGAGUAGCGUAGCCAAUCAGAGAUCAGCAUUCGUGAUAGAACGCUAGCAGAUUUAUACUACUGAUACUGACUAGCAUGCUAUCACAUUUUCGCAAUAAGCAACUUAUAAUCGGUUUAAGCCCCUACGGAGAGUUGGAAGUAUGGCCUGGAUUUUGAAAGGCUCUUCUUUCUAAUCCAUUUUAUCCGAUUUUUAUUAUAAGUUAACUACAACAGCUACAACUGACGGACCCCGAGGUUUGGUUUACUCUUGCUGACCUCCUCAAAUCAGAUCGUUGUCUAGGGUGUCAUUACGGUCAGGGAUCAAAUCCACGAAUAUCCAUGAGUGCUCUCUUUGUCAAUAUGAAUAAUAUAAUAAUAGAGAGAUUAAGCCUGACGUUACGGUAAAACGGCAAACGGCAAAAAUGAACCUUUUUUCCUCUGUCUUCAGCUGUAUGUACAAAAGAGUGAAAUUAUUUGUAUUUGCGGUGAACGGUAGGAGACGUUAUUCUAUUUAUUCUGUUCUGUUCUUUUUUUUUUCACGGAUUAGAAUAAAAGAACACAAAAUCAGAAGUCAUCUUUGCCGUUUGGCGUCUGCUGUAAACGUCAUGCUUAAACUCACUCAUGUUCUAACGGAAGAAACGGCAGCCUAUUCUACAGAUUCCUGUCAUGUUUUGAGACAGUCCCUUAUUGUA